CAACCUCUAGGUAUCAGCAUUAUUGCAUAAUUAUGAUGAUCAGAGAUAAGAUAUUCAAAUUGCACAGGCACAGGUCUUCUUCUUCAUUUUCUGAGAAAUCAGGACAACCAUUCGAGUUCUCAUUUUCCAACCUUCACGCUCGUCAGGUACCUAAAGGAUGGGACAAACUUUCCGUCUCUCUUAUCUCUGUGGAAACAGGGAAAACAGUCAGCAAAUCAGGGAAAGCCUCAGUACGAAAUGGUAAUUGCAAAUGGACAGAGACAUGGUCGCAGUCCAUGUGGAUUACCCCAGAUGAUAUCUCAAACAAACAAGAGCAAUUCCCUUUUAAGUUUAUUGUAACAAUGGGAUCUGCAAGAACUAGCAUCCUCGGAGAGGCUACUGUAAAUCCUGCUCGUUACAGGGAUGCAAAAGCUUUUACUCCCAUUUCCAUACCUUUGAGAAAAUGUAACCAUGGCACAGUUCUACAACUGGAGAUCAAGUGUCUGACAGCAAUCAGGGAUAAUGAAUUCAAAGACUUGCCCAUCUAUGCUGAAGAAGAAAAUGCGGAAUACAAUAACAUGGAGAUCAAAUCAGAGGAAACAAGUCUGCCACGGCUGAGUUCAUAUCAUAGCUUUGCCUCGACAGAGGAUUCAUUGGGCAGACAAGAAUCAAUUGAUUCCAGGAGUAGUGCAUCCUGCGGUUCUUACUCUUUUUGUGAUUCGGACUCUUCCUAUAAUUUAACGAUCUCGGGAUCAGGAAAGACUGCUCAAAAUCAAAAAGAUGAUUUCAAACAGUUCUCACAUGAUAACACCGCAUCAGUGAAACUUGCUGUGUCCUCUAGAAACUCCUUACAAGCCAAAGAUACUACCAGUAAAGAACUAAUUGCAGAGGCCAUGAUGUGGGAACAAAAUGCUCAAAGCUUAAAGAUCGACUUGGAAAUGUCAAGGAAGGAAUUUGCUGACCAGAGACAGCAGAUAGAAAACCUUAAAAUGGAGCUUUGUUCAUUGGGUACAGAACGUGAUGGAUUGAUGCAAGAAAUCAAACACCUUGAAGCCCUUUUACAAGAAUCAGUGGAAAAGGAAAAAGCAACUGAGAGUUUACUGCUCCAAGUCAGAGAUAUGGACAGUGAUGAGAAGAUUUUAAAGGAGGAGCUAAGGAUUCAAAAAGAAUCAAAUGACAAUAUGUCUUUCCAGCUAAGUAAAACUCAAGAAUCAAAUAUUCAACUAGUCUCUAUUCUGCAGGAGAUGGAAGAAACAGUUGAAAAGCAGAAAUUGGAGAUUAAGAACCUUCUAGAAGAACAGUCAAAUUCUCCAUAUAUAGAGAACCAACAGAACCUAGAGGAGAAGCUUCAACAAUUGCAGGAAUCACAGAAAGAUCUGGAAAGCACCACUCUCCAUCUGGAGAACAUCAUCAGGGAGAAAACUCAUGAGAUUGAACUCGAGCGAGGUCACAGAACUCAGGCUGUUUUAGAUUGUGAAGAAAAAUGGAAAAAUAAGUCAAGAGAACAAGAAGAGAAAAUUGCUUAUUUGAAGGCAGAGUUAUCCAGACUUUUGAGUUCAGAGGUGUCCAAGACAAAUGAGAUCAAAGCUGCAGCUGACUGUGAUCUGAUCAAGGAAAAUGAGACUCUCAAGAAAAAACUUCAGGAACUUGAGAGAGACUGCAAGGAGCUGACGGAAGAAAAUAUGGAACUUCUGCACAAACUGAAAUCAAGUGGAACUUCCUCCAUCAACGGUCCCAUUUUAAGUUCAUCGUCUGUCGAGGGUCAGCUAAGUGAACAAUCACCUCGUUCUGAAUUUGAAGUAAGCAAGGGUGAGCUCCUUUCUUCACCAUUUCAUGAUGAUAUGGGGAAGAAGAAAAUAAUUGCUGAGACGGCUGCCACUGAAAGUACGCAGACAACCUGUAAUGAGGAGGAGAACUUAACUCAAAUGGAGUUUCACUCACAAGCUAAGGACAAUGCUUUGAGGCUUAAUGCUGAAAUCAACUCAUGUUGCCUUGAAGUACAAGAACAAGAUCAGAGAACUGAGAUUGCUGCAAUGCCAUCAGAAUGUCAGCAGGAAGAACAUUGUCAAGGUGGUUUCACUCAUAAAAAUGCACCCAAAGUGCUUCAGAGUUCUGAGUCAGGACGUAUUGAAGAUAUCUAUAUCUUACUCAACACAUUAUGUCAUCCCAUUAAGGACGAGCAAGAUAAUGCGGUGUUGAAAAAAUUCCAGUUAUUGAAGUACAGAUUGACUCUAUUUCUUGAUGGUAGUAAACAUAUCGAGGAUGAACUCCAAACAACAGUAAUGGAUACAAGUGAAGUUCAAGAUGGAGAAAAGGAUAACCUUCCAAAGGAAAACACUCCUUGUUCUAGCUGUCAAAAGCUUGAGGAUUUAAAUAAGGUGCUAGAGGACAAGGUUCAAAACCUAAGCAGUGAUAGUUUAGCUAAGAACUCAGAGAUACUGGAGCUGAAGACAGAAUAUUUGAAAAAGGAUGCAGAGAUCGAAGCUCUAAGGCAUCACCAGACUGAUUUGAAUACUCAAAUCUCUGAUCUCCAAAUGAGUAAAUGUCAGAUGGAGGAGAGAAUGGAAAACAUGCAACAAGAACUUAGUGCCACCUCUAAAUCUUUAGAAACUUCCACAAAUGGUUUGAUGGUACUCGAUCAGAGUGUUUCUGGAGGUGUCUCUAAGAUGACGUUUGAAAUGAAAUCAUUAGAGCUAGAGAGUGAUAAAUAUGAAUUAGAACUUAAUUUGUCUGAAUUAGAAAAAGAAAAUGUAGAUCUGUCAGAACGAGUAUCAGGGUUGGAAGCUCAACUGAGGCAUUUGACUGAUGCAAUGGAAUUCAAUCGUUUGGAACUGCAGCAUUCCGGUAAUCGUGUUGCCAGCCUUCAGGAUAAUAUCAGAGAAUUAGAACAUGAAAAGGAGUCGCAAAAGCUCGAUAUGAAAGAAAAGUUGCUGGAGAUGCAAAGGCGAUGGUUAGAUGCUCAAGAAGAGUGCGAGUAUCUGAAGAAAGUAAAUCCAAAGCUCCAAGCAACAACAGAAAGUCUUAUGGAAGAGUGUCGUUUGCUUCAAAACAUGAAUGCAGAACUAAGGCAACAAAAGUUAAAAUUACAUUUGAGCCAUAAAGUUUUGGAAGCAGAAUUAAGGAAAUCUCAGGAUUCUUUCUCCACUUGUUUGAAAAGGAUAGCGUCUUUAGAAGCUAACUUUUCUUCAGUGCUGGAAGAAAUUGAAUCAAAAGAGAAGAUCCUUAAGUUCAAACUUGACGAUCUCUACCUAGAGACUAAAGAGCAUAGAGAGGAACUUCUUGCAGAAGAGUGCACGCUGCAUGAAAUGUCUCCGGAAAACGCUGUCGAAGUUGAAAAGCUGCAAGAACAGGUACAAUCUCUCAUGGUGCAAAUGUCAGAUCUUAUGAGUGAUCUUGGUACUUCCAAAGCCAAGGAGGGAACUUUGGCAGCUAAUUGUGAGAAGCUACUGAGGACAAUGGAACAUCUUGUAUCGAAUGAAGCAAAGGUGAAAUGCACCAUUAAUGAGCUUGAGUCAAAACUACUGUCUUCUGAAUGUCAAAUGCUGCAAAUGACGGAAGAGAAUUCCAGUCUAAUGAUUCAACUGCAUACAUUACCAUUACUUCAGGAAGAAGUUUUGGAUCUUAAAAGAGCACUCUCUUGGAUGAAGUUUGAAAGUGAGAGAUUACAAGUUACACUGCAGUUGAAAUAUGAAGAUUGUGAAGAGUUGAAGGAAGAGAAGGCGUCAUUGCUUAAGGAAAUCUCUUGCAUGCACAAGGCAGUGGCUGAAGCGGAAGAAUGCAAAUACAAGAAAGUUGCACUAGAGGAGAAAGUUCUGAGGCUGGAAGGAGACUUAACUGCAAAAGAAGUAAUGUGUGCCAAGGUUUCCGAGCUGAAAAAUGAGCUUUGCCAGCUUAGAAGACAAAAUAGCCAGCUUCUGUCGAAAAUAAAAUCCCUUCAAUUAGAGAAAGAGGACUAUUUGAAGCAAGUUGAAUCCUUCGAGGAAGAACUGAAGCGAAAACGAUCAGACUACCAAAGAGAGGAUGAAUCAACCUUUCCUACUGUAGAGAAGUUGAAGCUUUCAGAGGCCGAGCAAGAGGACUUCAGCAAGCAUCGGUGUGAGAUAAUUACGCAGUCUCCUCAAUCAGAGAAAUACUUGAAAUUUCAGAAGGUUCAAGGCAACUCUCACCAGGAUGGCAACAAAGAAAGCAACUACAACAUAGAUCUUCAAGAGACUGUCGCCAAAAGUGUAUCAGUGAUCAAAUUUUCGGGGGAUACAGUAGCUCAGACUUUAGAGCGCAAUUGUAUCCAUGAACCCCAUCAAAUUAGUUUGUCAUCCAAAGGAAGAGAUGAGAAUAUGCAAAAAAUAUCUCAGCUUGAAGCUGAGCUACAAGAAAUUCGUGAUCGGUACCUGAACAUGAGCCUAAAAUAUGCAGAAGUGGAGGAUCAGCGCGAGCAACUCGUAAUAACUUUGAAAGCCAUACAUGAUCAGAAGACAUCUAGAGGAUAUCGUAGUCUUUCCUCUUUCUGGUCAGCUGGUGCUGAUAUGUGACUCUUUUCUCACAUACACAAUUCUCUAACAAAGCUGAUUCAAUCAAAGAAUGGUAGAAAUAAAUUGUUGCAAAAGUAUUGGGGUCAUUUUCAUUGAACGAACCCGAGUAUAACAUAAUUUAAAAAUGUGACAAUCGCCAAAAGGUCAGCAGUUGUAUAGGUAGUUUAUGAUCUCUUUGGUGAAUGAGUCGAGAUUGUCUUUUAGCAGAGUACCAGAAAUUCAUUUCUAUUGUUUAUAUAUGAUCAGUUUAGGUAAUUAUUCA